CUCUGUUUCUUUCUCCACUCUCUCUCUCUCUCGUUGCAAGCAACUUGUUUUCUGAAUCCAAAGAAGACGAUAACGAUGAAUGGAGCUAUAGGAGGUGACCUUUUGCUCAAUUUUCCUGACAUGUCGGUCCUAGAGCGCCAAAGGGCUCACCUCAAGUACCUCAAUCCCACCUUUGAUUCUCCUCUCGCCGGCUUCUUUGCCGAUUCUUCAAUGAUUACCGGCGGCGAGAUGGACAGCUAUCUUUCGACUGCCGGUUUGAAUCUUCCGAUGAUGUACGGUGAGACGACGGUGGAAGGUGAUUCAAGACUCUCAAUUUCGCCGGAAACGACGCUUGGGACUGGAAAUUUCAAGAAACGGAAGUUUGAUACAGAGACUAAGGAUUGUAAUGAGAAGAAGAAGAAGAUGACGAUGAACAGAGAUGACCUAGUAGAAGAAGGAGAAGAAGAGAAGUCGAAAAUAACAGAGCAAAACAAUGGGAGCACAAAAAGCAUCAAGAAGAUGAAACACAAAGCCAAGAAAGAAGAGAACAAUUUCUCUAAUGAUUCAUCUAAAGUGACGAAGGAAUUGGAGAAAACGGAUUAUAUUCAUGUUCGUGCACGACGAGGCCAAGCCACUGAUAGUCACAGCAUAGCAGAACGAGUUAGAAGAGAAAAGAUCAGUGAGAGAAUGAAGUUUCUACAAGAUUUGGUUCCUGGAUGCGACAAGAUCACAGGCAAAGCAGGGAUGCUUGAUGAAAUCAUUAACUAUGUUCAGUCUCUUCAGAGACAAAUCGAGUUCUUAUCGAUGAAACUAGCAAUUGUGAAUCCAAGGCCGGAUUUUGAUAUGGAUGACAUUUUUGCCAAAGAGGUUGCCUCAACUCCAAUGACUGUGGUGCCAUCUCCUGAAAUGGUUCUUUCCGGUUAUUCUCAUGAGAUGGUUCACUCUGGUUAUUCUAGUGAGAUGGUUAACUCCGGUUACCUUCAUGUCAAUCCAAUGCAGCAAGUGAAUACCAGUUCUGAUCCAUUGUCAUGCUUCAACAAUGGCGAAGCUCCUUCGAUGUGGGACUCUCAUGUGCAGAAUCUCUAUGGCAAUUUAGGAGUUUGAUUAAGAAACCAAUCCACAACAUAACAAUGUUCCCUAAUUCAAAUUAUUCAUCGGAAGAGAGAGCAAACCAGUAGCUGUUAUUUACUAAUUCCACUAGAUUAUUGACUUGAGAUCCCCCGCCCAUUAGUUGAUGUAUCAAAGAGUGUAGACAUUAUUGUGUAUAAUUUGCAAACCAGUCCAGUAAUAUAUUUCUUAUCGGUGGACUUGUGUCUUUAAUUCAAGGUGUGU